AUGGAUUAUGCAACCCUUUUCGAUCAGGCCAUCGGUCAGUACGAUGAGAAAUUGAAAGCAAUCAAUCAAAAGAUCCACGAAAAUCCAGAGCUUGGAUUCAAUGAAAUAAAGGCACACGACAAUAUUACGUCCAUGUUAAAAGAGCUAGGUUACUCUGUCACGACUGGAGCGUAUGGUGUACCAACAGCUUUCUCAGCUGAGUAUGGUAGUGGGGGUCGUCUUGUAGUGUACAACGCGGAAUAUGAUGCUUUGCCCGAUAUCGGACACGCAUGUGGCCACAAUCUCAUUGCUACUGCUUCAAUUGCAUCAUUUCUUGGUCUCGCGGCAGCAAUCAAAGAGAAGAAUAUUCCUGGCCGAGUCAGACUUUUGGGAACACCAGCCGAAGAAGGAGGCGGAGGAAAGUUGAAGCUCAUCGACGCUGGAGCGUACAAAGAUGUUGAUGCUUGUAUGAUGGUUCAUCCAUCCAUCAGAGACCCUAGUCAUGGCCUCGUUGGCUCCGCUUAUAGUACCACGUUGGCAAACCACAAGUUUAAGAUUCAUUACACGGGCAAGCCCUCUCAUGCGGCUAUGGCACCUUGGGAGGGUAUCAAUGCGCUUGAUGCUGUUGUUCUUGCUUACAAUGCUAUAAGUGUAUUGCGACAACAGAUCAAACCAUAUGAAAGGAUCAAUGGAGUGAUUGAAUCUGGUGGUACCAGACCAAAUAUCAUCACGGCUAGUGCAGGAUUAGUUUAUUAUAUCCGAAGUGCUACCCUUAAAGAAGCCGAUGAGCUCAAAGCCCGAGCCAUCAAAUGUUUCGAGGGAGCUGCUAUUGCAACAGGCUGUACCGUCGAGUUUGAAGAGAUCAAUACAUACGCGGAUACACGACCCAAUAAGCCAAUCUGCUACCAGUACGCCCAGGCGAUGGAAAGUCUCAAAUACCCAGUUACAUGUGAUUUUAAACACAUUGAUAAUGCGCCUGGCUCAACAGAUAUGGGUAAUGUCACAUACGAAUGUCCCGGCUUCCAUGGUUGGUAUGGUAUCUCCGAUACAGCAUUUAACCACACUCCUCAAUUCACACAAGCCGCCGCUACCAAAGAAGCUCAUGAUAUUACUAUUGUGACGGCUAAAGCUAUGGCGAUUGUGGGAUGGAAAAUUCUUACAGACGAUGAGGUAGCGGAGAGUGUACGGAAAGAUUUUGAAGAAGAUAAAACCUUGAGGGAGAAGCCCAGGGGUGUGGUUUCGGUGGGAGGUGCUUGCUGA